CGAAGUAGGGUCACACUUGAGCCCAAUCUACUGUUUUCAUCUCCUUUGUGAAAAGUUAAGAUUUUUAAAAACGCACUUACCGCUGGGCCUUCGAAUACCACCGUGACUUUGAAUAUUCCUAGUCGAACGGAGACUUCGAGUUGAAUAAGUAUAAAAUCGAGAGUUACUGCGUGCCUGGCCUGGCUGGUUUCGAGGUUUUCUCCCACGAAACUGGAGCUAACAAUGGACAACGAGUCGUGGGCCUGUUCGUCGGUGGAGAAGGACCUGACCCGAGUCGUCAGUAAGCUGGAGCAGCUGCACGAGAAUGCGUCGGCCGACAUUGGGGACAUAGCAACACAGAUGUCCGAGCUGGUCGAGGUCCUCAGCAGAGCGGAGCAACUGGUGACCACAUUGAACUCGAGCACUCAGGUUUCCCAGGAUGAUCCCAUGGGCGAUGGGGUGAGCAUGCAGGUGGAGACAGAGCCAACGGCCCCACAGCGGCUGAACGAGCGACAGGUGGAAAGCAUCCGGAAGGCCAUCAGCAGGUGUAACGAACGGGUGCAAAAGCUCUCCACAGAGCAUCGUGAUCUGCACGGAUCCAUCUCAAAAAUAGGCAAGGCCAUUGACCGCAACUUCAGCGCCGAUUUCACAUCCACCAUGCGCGUGGAUGUUCUGCAGGACGAGGAGAACCUAAUGCUGCUCAACAAAGCUAUUGCUAAGCACUACUGCCGCCAAGGAAUGGAUGAUGUAGCCCGCACUUUGAUCCGCGAGUGCAAGAUGCCGGCGGAGCAUGCCCAGGAUGUGUUCGACUCGGAGCGAGAGUUUGCCGACAUUUAUGGCAUGUGGGUGAAGAUUCAAAAGCGGGAUCUUACCGAUGCCCUCAAGUGGGCAAAAAUGUACUCGCAGCAGCUUAGUGACCGCCACUCGCUAAUAGAAUUCCGGCUGCAUCGCAUGCGUUUCAUGCAGCUGGUCUCCUACGGCAUGGACUCACAGCGCGAGGCCAUUUGCUAUGCCCGGCUGAACUUCAAGAAGUUUGCCGUGCGCUACGAGCAUGAAAUUGCCAAUCUGAUGGCCAGCUUCAUCUAUCUCCCUAGUGGCCUGGAGAACUCACCCUACAAACACUUUCUGGGUCAGGAGAUGUGGACCGAGUUGUCGUUCAUAUUCCUCAAGGACGCCUGCCAACUACUUGGCAUCAGCAAGAACUCAGCCCUCUCCGUCGUAGUCAACGCCGGCUGCACGGCCCUGCCCGCCCUGCUCAACAUCAAGCAGGUAAUGCAGUCGCGCCAGGUGCUGGGCAUGUGGAAUGGCUGCGACGAGCUGCCGAUCGAGAUCGACCUGCAGCCCGAAUUCCGCUUCCACUCAAUAUUUGCCUGCCCCAUCCUGCGCCAGCAGACCUCCGAGGACAACCCGCCCAAAAAGCUGACUUGCGGUCAUGUCAUCUCAAAUGAUGCGCUGCACAAGCUCAGCAAUGGCCACAUACUGAAGUGCCCCUACUGCCCCGUGGAGCAGAAUGCCGAGGAGGCUGUCCGCAUCUACUUUUAAGCCACAUCAAUGUAUUCACCCUAUGAUUAUCACCGUCUGUUUGGCUAGAGGCUCAGGCAGUUCGAGGACUGGUGUUGGUUGGCCGGCUUUCCUUAACAAAAUCGCAAACAUUUUAAAAUAGCUGCUUAGAUUCAUGUUUAGACAAAUUCGCAGGGCGGAAUCGAACUUCCUGGGCCGUGUGUUGUGCGUGUGUCCCACAUCCUAACCGGCAAAUUAGAAUUAAUAUAUAUAUACUGUGUAUUUAAAGCAAA